ACUAGUGGACACUCUAAUCUCAAUACAACAAACAUAGUAUAAUAUCAAAACAAUUUAGCAUUUUCUGGGUCUCCCUAGAAUUGUGAUCUGAAUUCUGAACCAGAAACCAAAAAAAAAAUGGCCGGAAUGGAAUUGGUGUUGCCCAAGGAAUAUGGCUAUGUGGCUCUUGUUCUCGUUUUCUAUUGCUUUCUGAACUUUUGGAUGGCUGCCCAAGUUGGCAGUGCCCGCAAAAGGUUAAAAGUCCCAUACCCAACUCUCUAUGCUUCGGAAUCUGAAAACAAAGAAGCCAAGCUCUUCAACUGUGUUCAGAGAGGACAUCAGAACUCGCUAGAGAUGAUGCCCGUGUUUUUCAUGUUAAUGAUAUUAGGAGGGUUAAGGCAUCCUUGCACGUGCGCCGUGCUUGGUUUACUUUACACUGUGACUCGCUUUUUCUACUUCAAAGGCUACUCUACUGGCGAUCCCCAGAACCGUCUCACCAUAGGGAAAUAUGGGUUCUUGGCUUUGCUGGGCCUUAUGGUCUCCACUAUUUCAUUUGGGGUUUCCCUUCUUCUUUCAUGAUCUUACUUUUACAAGUUUACAACAAGGGCACAGAGACAGAGAUGGAGGCUCUCUCUUUGUAAUGUCAACACUCUUUGACUAUUGUGUCUUCGCUUAGUCUAGUUUUGUAUGUUGAAAUAAUUAAGGGGUUGUUUGUAGCCUUUUAUUGCGUGUAGCAGUGAUUGUUUACUGUAUGACUUUUUUAUUAUUUAUUUUUGAGGCUAUGUUUACUGUAUGACUAAUGCUCUUUUGAGCUAAA